AUGGUGAGGUCUGUUGAGUCCAAGUCACGAGUAGACACCGGCCUGGCGCCAGCGUUGGUCGCUGUGUUGGAGACGCUGUCUCCAGGGGGCGGGCCCGCUUUGCAGUCGGUGUCGGAUCCGAAGUUGGAGUCCGGCCUCGAUCAGGCCACCUUGGCGGCGAAGCCGCCAAGUGUGGAUUCACUGGCAAGUGCCACUUCACUGGUAGGUACGGCUUCACUGCCGAGCGAGAGUGCGAAAAAUUUGGCGAAUGUGUCGGAGCCAUGUGGUGUGUGCAGUACGGAAGUGCGGAACCGCGCUGUUGGUUGUCUACUGGGACAGUUCGUCGGCGACGCGUUGGGGACGCGCUACGAGUUCAGUCCUGGUCCCCGUGCAGCCGCAAAGGUCGCCGGAGACAUGCGUGACGGCCUACUGCCCAUCUUAGGUGGCGGCCCCUUUGCGCUCGAGCGCGGCCAGGUCACUGACGACACCGAGUUGGCUAUGGCUCUGGCUGCCACACUUCGUGACGGGCGCUACGAUAGAGCGGCCGCUGCUGCCGCGUACAAGGGCUGGCUCGACUCGGGCCCUUUCGACGUGGGAAACGCUACACGUAAUGCCUUCGCCGUCAAUCCCGGUUCUGAUCCCAGUUCUGAUCCCAGUUCUGGUCCCAGUUCUGGUGAACGGUUGGAGACGGCAAUGUUGGAGCAGGCACGGCUAUUGAACGGGGAGAGUUUGAGCAAUGGAUGUUUAAUGCGUGCCAGUCCGUUGGCGUUGGUGGGUGCGGGGUGGUCGGAAGUGGUGUUGUUGGAUGCGGCGAGGGCGGACUGUGAGUUGUCAAAUCCUCACGUGGAUGCUCAGGCGGCUGUGGCGGCGUAUGUGGCUGGAUUGCGUGCGUUGGUUGGGACGGGAGAUGUAUCGUGUGCGAUGGAGCGCGCGAAAGCUGCGGCGAGUUCCAGUAAAUUGGUUCAGGGGUUCUUAUCAGCGGCGGAACGUGGAGAACAGGUUGUCCAGUUGCCAGAUGGUAGCCCGGCUGUUGUUGAUGGGCAACAUAUGGGUUAUCUUGGCGUGGCGCUGCAGUGGGGCUUUGAUCAAUUAUUACAUGCACGAUCCUUCCAUGAGGGACUCGUCGAGAUCGUGCGACGCGGAGGAGAUACAGACACCAACGGCUGCAUCGCCGCCGCACUACUAGGCGCACGCUUCGGCUCUCAAGCCGUACCGCGACCAUGGACACUCGCCGUGAUCACAUGCAAACAAAAAAGACUUGGCACCUUCCCACAGGUGGAUAGUCGCCCACUCACUGACACCGCACUCAACCUUCUUGCACGAGGCGCCGGAAUCACCACCGGCGGACAAGAGGCGGCGAUCGAACAUAAGGCGAUCGAACAUAAGGCGAUCGAACAUAAGGCGAUCGAACAUAAGGCGACCGAACAUGAGGCGAUGGGGUUUAGUGGAGAGGAAAAGAAUGGCGCAGAAACCCAGAGCAAGCCGGUUAGUCGGACUAUGCGACGGUUGAAGAUUAAGCCAGCAAAGUCGCAAACAACGAAGCGGAAGAAGGCACCGAAGGGAUUGCCCGAUCCGGGCUGCAACUUGGCUUAA